UGCAUAUGUGCACACCCACGCGUACUAACACUUUUGAAAAACAAAAUGAGCUUGAAACUUUAGAAUUUCAAAGCUGCUACAGUGGGCAGCAGCAGCAUCAAUGGCCAUCCAUGAUAUACCUAUAUUAUAUUAAACGAAGGUAGAAGCUUUUCAAGAGCGCAUAUUUUUUGGCCAGACGUCAGACGAGAGAAAAAACACAUACGAUGACGAUCUUGGCUUUUGUCGGAUGAAACAUUGAGUGCCCAUAAGUAAAAAAAAAUGGACGUGGAAGGCUCGGAUUACUCGAAAAGCGAGCUGGACUCUCUGCAGAUGCUGGAGGACGAGCUUCGACUUGAUCAUCAUCCGCCGUCAGUUCCAGAUGUGACGAUUACAACGGAGCAGCUGUCGAAGAGAGUUGCGGCUCUGGAACUGGAAUUAGAGAGGACCAGGCUAGAACUGAGUGCCAAAAAUGCUGCCAACCAAGGAUUGAAGAGUAUAAUAACGGAGCUCCACGUGGACGCUAGGAUCUCAAUACAGGAGAAACAACAACUUCAUAACUGUGUUAAAGACGUGGAGUGCAAGUUAGCUGCUACUGAGAACUCGAUGAAUUGGUAUCGAAGACAGGUGCACGAGGUCCAAGCCAACAAGAAAACCUUGCAGAUCGAAAUAGACACUUACCGUGACAUGCUGAGCCAGAAGAGCUCGACCUUGAUGAAUGUUAGCUCCAAGUACAAACAAUUGAACGACGAUUACAUGGCGAUUGUCCAGAAGCACAAGAGAGAAAAAGACAGCCUGCAAGCCGAGAUUGAUUUGUUGAAGACGUCGCAGAAGAGUAUUACUAGUGUUACGAAAUACGAUCAGCAACUGCCAUCGACAGUGCCAUUGUUAGUCCACGUGGGGUUGUCAAACCGACUAGAACUAGCCGAGGAAGAGCUCCAAAAAUCUCGAUCGGAACUGCGGUCCAUGGAGCAUCGCCUUCAAACCCUUGGCAGCGAGAGAGCGGCGUCCAAAGCCACCUGCUCCAAUCAGCAGAUUCAGCUAUCAGUGGCCGAGGACAAUCUUCGCAGCUACGAGAAAGAGCGUAGUUCGCUCGCAGAAACCUGUCGGGAACUCAGGGUGGAACUUGGAAAGCUCAGGUCGGAGAACGCGAGUUUGCAAAUUGGGCUUCUAUCGGCCAGGCAGGAUAGGGAACAGGUGGAGCAGGCAAUAGAGCAGCUGAGACUGCAGUUGACGAAAAUCAUUACCCAGUACAAGUUGUUGAGGAACAAGAACGGAGAGCUGGAGGAAAAGUUAAGCUCGAUGCAGAAUGUGUGCGAAGAGAACAAGAGGCUCAAGCUGCUCUCGUACUCUACCAAUGCGUCGCUGUUCAAGAGACUGAGGCAGGAGAGAAAAAAGACGAAUAAUUUGCAGAAACAGUUGUCCCAGGAACAGAGCAAGCAUCGCAUCCUUUCCGAGAAUCUUUAA